GUUGGUACAAACAUGCCAAAAUAUUUAGAAGAAGCUCCAAGAUGCCCGUUUGUUUUGGCAAUCGGUAAUCGCUACAACCCAACACAAGUUUUUGUUAUCAUCGAAGGCCAGGGCUUGGAGCAGCCUAAUCUUACGAAGGCAAUUGAUGUUUGUUUUAAAGUAUUUUACAUCCUGGAUAUUAAUUAUCCUUGGCAAUGCUCUUCGUCGUGGGAAUUCAUACAAAAAGUUCUCUAUGGCAUCGAAGAUAAGGUGAAAGGAAAGACAACCCCAGCUGUUGUUGCAAUGAGAGCAGCUUUAAAGUAA